AAACUUGCUGUCAGGAGCUCUGGGUUGUCCCCUGGCACCGAGUCCUCCCGGGUUCCUUCCAGGCUGCCCCUGAUCUGGGGCAGAUUUGCUGCUGGAAAUGAUGUUUGAGUUCUCAUUCAUCUCCAGGCCUUUUAAAGACAGGCCCCAGGAGAGGGGGGUAUCAAGUUUUGAAUCCCAAACCCACAGCCUUUCAGCACUUCAAAGAACUUGGCUGUAUUUUGGGAGGCAAAUAACUCAUCUGCACUGUUGUGUGUGGCUGCAUUUGGUUGAGCAUUGCUGAGUUUGUGACAGCAGAGACCAAACUUAGCAAGCAGAAACCAUCAGCUAAGAGCAGUGUAGCACUGUCAAAAUGAUCCCAGCUGGAAAUUCCAAAGGUCCAGCUGAAAAGUACAUGAUUCUGUUGGAUAAAACUGAAGAGAACUUGACUUUGUUUUACUAAAGUCAAGGCUGGCCGAGGGGUCGUGUGAUAGAAAGAGAAGUGAUAGGAAAUGCUUCCCAGAUUUCCUUCUGACACCCUGUUGGGCUGUUUGAUGCAUCUCUAACGUGAAUAACUGAACCCCUUUCACAGGUUCACUGCCAGCCCUGCAGAAUGUCCUGCUCUGACCUGUCCCCCUGUGGCAUCCUGCGCCCCCAGCCCCUGGCUGACAGCGGGAACGAGCCCUGUGUGCGCCAGUGCCCCGACUCCAGCACCCUGAUCCAGCCCCCCCCCGUGGUGGUCACCUUCCCUGGGCCCAUCCUCAGCUCCUUCCCUCAGGAUUCCAUCGUGGGAUCCGCUGGAGCCCCCGUUCUUGGGGGCUCUGGGGGUUAUGGGGGCUAUAGGGGCUCCCUGGGCUAUGGGGGCUCCCUGGGCUAUGGGGGCUAUGGAUCCCUGGGUUAUGGGGGAUAUGGAUCCCUGGGUUAUGGGUCCCUGGGUUAUGGGGGAUAUGGAUCCCUGGGCUAUGGGGGUCUGUGGGGCUAUGGAGGCUCCUCCCUGGGCUAUGGGGGAUAUGGAUCUCUUGGCUAUGGAGGCUCCUCCCUGGGCUAUGGGGGUCUGUGGGGCUCUGGCAGAUCCUAUGGCUCCUGCAGCCCCUACUCCUACAGGUCCAGCAGGUACAGCCGUGGCAGCUUUGGGCCCUGCUGA